CCAGCGCGGUUGCGGUCUCAGUCGGUGAAGCGAAGGAGCAGUGCUCAGUUUAGUGAGUUUCGAGGUCGCAAUGUCUGCGCUAGUGAAAUGUUAAUGUUUUCUCCGCGAGUGUUGUGUUAGUGUUUCGUAUUUUGUUCAGUGGUUAAACUCUAAAUGGUGAAGAUGUCUAUGGUGCAGAUAGGCAAGCGUCAGCACUGCUACUUGUGCGACUUGCCUCGCAUGCCGUGGGCCAUGCUGCACGAUUUCAGCGAAAUGGUGUGUCGCGGCUGUGUCAACUACGAGGGUGCGGACAGGAUAGAGUUGGUGUUGGAAACUGCUAGACAGAUGAAGCGAGCGCACGGCUUCCAGGAGGGUAGGUCGGGAAGUAGCAGUACGUCUUCGGCGUCGGCCAAUUCCAACCACCAUCACUCGUCGGCAAGCAAGAGUUCCUCGUUUCACAGGUCCGGCAGUACAGGAGGGUCGUCCCACGACGCCGCGCAUCAGAACGGAGUGGCGAGUCUGGAAGUGGUGGGUUUACCUCCUGCGGCUCACAUCUCUGGAAGGCAAGCACAACAGCCUCCUCCAGGAGCGGGGACUCUUCACGCAGGGUACGCUACUCUCCAUCACUCCAGGACCGCCGGACUCUUGGCGGAGUACGCCGCCCCACCGCCUCCUAGAGGGUCGUCCUCCCAGGGUCUACCCAGAGGCAUCCAGGGGUCUGAGGAGCACGAGAUGGUGACAGGGAUGUCCCGCACGGCGGUACGCAUGCCGUCAGCAGCACACAUGGCUCAUCAGCUGCCGCAGCAACACCAGGGUAGACCGAACUCUCUACCUCCACAAUCCAUCGGUCUGAAGAGAGGACUGUCUACAUCAGCAGAUGACGACGACCACCACCACCACGGACACGCCAAUGGCGAGGGUGGGCCCUCCAAGAGGAUGGUCGUGGACGAAGCAGGCCACUCUGCCAGGCCGCCCCUGACCCGAGGUGAUUCCCUACCCGCUGUUAGCUUGGCCAUACCUUUUGAACGUACUUUUAAAGCCGAGCCCAAACACCCCAUCAGAGCUCCGUCCUUUGACACUGCGACUUCGUUCAAACCUAACGGUUACCCCGGCAGUGGCUCAUUGACGUCAGGUGGGGCUGGUAGUCCACUAGGCCCCCGUACUACGUCGCCACCUGAGACAGUAGGGGGCCAACAGCCCCCCGCAACUCCGGGGGCCACACAGUCCCCCAUGGCAGCUCUCAUGUCUGUAGCAGACACUCUGCCCCCCGGAUCCCCUCGCAGUAAUGGUGGAUCUCCCCCCAGUGCAGGGGGCCCCCGCUCCGCUUCCAGGGGAUCCCAGCACUCUCCCAACUCUUCAGGAUCGUCCAGUGGCCGGAGGUCCUCAGGUAGUCGCCACGUCAGCUCCACCACGGUGACGUCCAGUGAGACGGCCAACGCAGGGUCCAGUGGAGGCACCCCCACCACCGAGCCCCCCGCUACAGGUGACCCUCCAGCAGGGACACAGGCCCCCUCCGCCACACUCAAGUGUACCCUGUGUCAAGAGAGACUGGAAGACACACACUUUGUCCAAUGUCCCUCCGUGCCACAACACAAGUUCUGCUUCCCUUGCUCUAGGGAUAGUAUCAAGCGACAGGGUGCUGGCUCUGAGGUGUAUUGUCCGAGUGGAGAGAAAUGUCCCCUGGCAAACUCCAAUGUUCCCUGGGCGUUCAUGCAAGGCGAGAUAGCUACCAUAUUGGGAGAAGAGUUCAAAGUGAAGAAAGAACGGGAAACUUAGAGGGGCGUGGCUGCCCCGAAGGGGUCCUUUAACCUUGUUGUCGCCCUUUGUUGGGCUUGGAGUCGGCUUCGACUUUCGCCCUCGGCUCAAGUCUCCGACUCGUCUGUAAAUACGUGGUAUGGUUGUACAGAAAUGGAGUGGCUACUGCGGCGGUGUCCAUCUUGGUAGCGUGCCACGCUACGUCCAUGUACAAAUUAAUGUUAAUUUCAUGUGAAUACGUACGUUAUCAUUUAGUAUUAUCGAAUUUUGUUUUUGUUUUGUGAUCUCUGUUGAUGUUUUGACGAAUCAAAACGGCUUUAUACUGAUUGUGAAACAGCUGUGAUCGCAAGACUUGAAAUUAUGAAUAAAGCACGUUUUAAGAAUUUAUAAGCAAUUUAUUUUUUAGUUUGUACCCUCUGUAUUUCAUUUGUCACAAUUUUCAUCUCGUUGAGCACUGAUACUUGAGUUUGAAGUUCAUACGGAAUGUUAUGCCUUGGAAAUUUCAUUGUUAUUCAACCUCUUAUUGUUAACAGAUUUUAAUUCUAUUAAUUCAUUGUAAUAUCAUGCCGGUAGUGUUUUACAAUUUUAUUAUCAAGAGAGUUGGGAAUCAAAAUAAGUUGUACGGAAGUAUAUAGAUACAUAACAAUUAGACUUGACCUAGUACAAAUUUAUGGCUUAGCAAGUUAAUAUUAAGGAGUUUUAAUGAAAGUGUAUAGAUGUAAUUUUACCAGUAUUUUACGAAAAUUGUUGAAAACUUAUUUUUAUCUACACUAAUCAACAUAAAAACAUUAAGUACCGUAGUCCGUAACCCUAUUAAAAUUUCUUUUCUAUUAAUUUUAGACCAAAUAUAUUUUUAAAUUUUAUAUCUUGAAUUCAAAUACUGUUGAUGUUAAAUUUCAAUCAGUUAAUUGUAAAUUCACAAUGUAUAUUAUUUGUAAGUUUCCUCUCAGUCAGUUUGAUCAGAGAUUGUUUUGUUUUAAAAUUUUAUUGUUGAUGACUCCAUGACUGUGGCUUUUUAGUUGAUUUAGUUAUUGAUAUUAAAUUAACAAGAUGAUCACUCCUAGUCAUCUGACCUAUGGGAACUCCGCACUCGCUAUUUUAGUCAUGCCAAACGUUUUGUUAGACACACUUCUAAUGUACAAAACUAUAUGGUGUACGUUUCCAAUACAAGGUUACUUUUAGUUGGAAGUCGAUGGCUUGUAUAAACUGUAUAAAAGAUCGGUGUUACAGUGAUUGUAAGUGUAUAUACUUAUGUUUGUAUCGUAUCAAUCCGAAAGUUAAUGUCAUAUGUUCCUUAGACCUAGAGUAAGAUGGUUACCUACCUUAAAACAAAAUAAUUCUUAAUCAUAUCCAAAGUAUUUGCCUAUUACUGCUUAAAAAGGUUUCUAAAUUCUGCAAACUUAUUUCAUAGCACUUAAAGAUACAAAUUUAAAAAAAUUAAAAUAUCAAUAAAAGAUUUUAUACAAUUUCAUUUAAAAAUUAAAAAUCCAUUACACCCCUAAGCAUAGUAUUUCUUUGUUGAACCUGGCUGAGAAAUAUUUUGUUUGAAGGUCGUAGCCGUGUCGAUGUGCUAACUGUUGUAGUAUGACCAAACACCAUCAGAUUCUAACAGUCGCUUGUAGAAGCCAUAGCUUAGCACUCGACUGAACUUGCUGUGAUGUUAUUGUAAACCAGAGAACGAAUAAGUGAAUUUCUGACAAAUUUUAGACCGAGUUUGUUUAAUUUUUUAUCCAGUAUUUUCUAUGCUACGAAGGGUCGUACAUUUUCAAAAGGUGGUCUGGUGUUCGGCAAAACCUAAGCUUUAAACCGUUUUUGCAAGUCGAGUGCCAGAGGUGUCGAAGGUUCGUGUACAUAACCGAGCACUGUGUUUUGAUACAGUCAUGUGCAUUUCUGUGUGUAGUCUUAGUAUGCUUUAUAGUGUUCAUGUAUUAUUCUACAUCUGUCAACAACUCAUCUGAUGACAAACUAUUAAAAAGUUAUUUUGUGGUGUUAUAACAA